AUGCAGCACACGCUUACCCGGACCGCCUCUCUGCCAGAACGCUCGAGCAGCGCCCACAGCGCCGCUACUGCGUUACCCGCACUUCGCCGCCCGCCAGACAGCUGCGAGACUCUCGUCCCGCUACUGUGUAUCUUUUGGUUCGUCUUCGUUAGUAUGAGCCCGCUCCCGCCGGCUCGUGCCAACAAAUCAGACAACAAAGGCUUAAUCUCAGCAGAUCGUAACAACAAGGCUACUCUACUGCUUACAAUACCCCGUUGUACAUCCAAGUCGUAUACAAAUGAUUUAUCCCCACUCAAAAUGACAUUGCUAUCCGCCGGCAAGCACCCAAGGCCUUUCCGCCAAGAGCACCGUUGCUAG